GACGUCACCGCUACUUGCGAAUGGCGGCUGCUGUUGCUGGGAGGUAGUUGAGGGUGGUGAGAGUGAGUGUGGUGAGGGUGGUGGUGAUUGUACCAACUUCUACACUGCAGAGUAUUCACACCGCUAAAGCACUCACUCUCAACGCAAUCACAAGCUGCAUUUUAAAGGUCUGAAUUUUGAAAGUCACAAUUUCACGGUGCAGCCCACACGAGAAUGCCCCCCGGUAUGAAAGCGCUUUGGCUCGCCGAGUGUUACGCGGUGGGAGCGGCAGCGGCAGGCGACUGAUUAUUGUACACUUCGAGAGUGAGGCGGGGUAAUGUCGCCUCCAGGCAGCUACGGCAUUGCCUACACAUUCAGUGACCGGUCAGUCGCCCAGUCGCGCUGCUGCUGCUGCUAUCGCUGGGUAUUGGAGGCGACCCCACGUCCCUCCUGCGUCUCUCCAGCAGCAGCAUCAUCACAGCUGAGAGGAGGAGGUGAGGUUGUCUCUCUCGCCCUGCUCACGGAGACUGCGUCCCUGGGUCCCCACCGCGAUUCUCGGGGUUCCAUUUGGUUCAUCGACUCCUCGUGUCGAGGCGUCUCUCUGUGUGAGAGUCUCUGCCUGUGACGGUUACACUCGUGGUCUACGUGUCUCUGUGUCUAUCACUCUGUGUGUCUGUGUGUGUAUCACUGUGUGUCUAUGUGUGACUGUGUCUGUGUAUGACUGUGUGUCUAUCACUAUAAACAUUCUGCGAUUCUCGCCACAGCAAAGUGGAGGGUCGCCUCCUGCUCUCGGGAGCGGUGGUUGAGCCCGUGACGGAAACUCCACAUUGCCCUGUCGGGGGCCAGACUCUCUCCUCUGUAGGGCCACCCCCAGUCGAUUCGAACAAAGUGGUACCCAAUUUAUCCGCCACGACUGGGAUCUGUGCCACUUCGGGCUGGGAGGCUGCGUCCGGGUGGAACUUCCGCGGGUUUCUCAAUGCGCUGGUGAAUUCACUCGCAGCCAGUUGGCUGUGUGGGUGAUGUUGUUGUCUGUGGGGAGCGGUGGUGCAGCGGUUAGCGCGCUGCGCUACGAACCCAGUGUCCCGAGUUCGAUUCCCGCUCACGGUCAACACCAGUGACGAUCAUCUGACCCGGACCUGGGCUUCUCCUAGGUCGACUCGGCCUCAAAUGAAUACCUGGUGCGUUGUGUAAACAUCGCCACUGGGGAGACAAAGGCGGCCGAGCGUGGUGUUGGCCACCCACCCACUCGUGUACCGUUCUGGCCUUCAUAGGUGCUCCUCGCUAACAGCACUUGCCUCUACAGUCUGUUCAGGCUACACGGGGCAUCUUUGUCUUCAUCUCUGUGGAGUCGUUCACUGCAAAGGCAGUCGACUCCGCCUCUUAACGCCACCAGUCAUCAGUGACGUCACGAGUUCCUCAUUCUGCUUCUUCCCUCCCACUGGAGAGAAGUCACUUAAGGACAUGGUGGGAAAUCCCCCCCUGCCUACUCAGCAUCGGGGUUACCAGAGUUGAGCAGCGUCGACCGCCUUGGCAGUGAAUUGCAACCAUCACACACACACACCACCACCCCAUACACACCACCACCACUCACACACACCACCACCCCACACACACCACCACCCCACCACACAUACACACCACCACCACCCCACACACACCACCCCACCACACACACCACCACCCCACACACACCACCCCACCACACAUACACACACACCACCACACAGUAACCACCACCACAAAGCAACCACCACCAAACACCACCACCCCACACGCACACCACCGCCCCGUUACCCCAUGGCACCUGCUGGGUCUGUCCCGUGACCUGCCAGCAGCGAGCCUUUGACACUUCACGUGGUAGCCUGAAAGUGCACCUAGCCUGGCACAGGCGCCUUGGUGACGUCAUCGCCACUUGCGAAUGGCGGCUGCUGUUGCUUGGAGGUAGUUGAGAGUGGUGAGGGUGGUGAGGGUGAUGAGAGUGAGGGUGAUGAGGGUGGUGGUGAGGAUUGUACCAACUCCGACACUACAGAGUAUUCACACCGGUACAGCACUCACAACACAAACACGAGUAAGUCCACUGCCAACGCCAUCACAAGUUGUAUCUAGACGCUGUCCAGGUCACAGCGCAGCCCACACGAGAAUGUCCCCCCCCCCCCUUGAGCGUGUUCGAGCGUCCGAGUGUCACGCGGCGACAGCAGCAGCAGCAGGCGACUCUGAUUGGACACUUGGAAAGUGGAGGCACCCCCCGCCCCUCCCCCGCCCCCGUGCCAAAGCUGCCACCGCUAGCCCAGUGACGUCACGCCUCUUUAAAGUUUUCGAAAAAGUCGCGUCUUGGUUGCUGCUGCUGCUAUCGCCGGGUAUUGGAGGCGACCACACGUCCCUCCUGCUCCUGCUGCUCCUCUACCACCACCAGCAGCACCACCAGCAUCACCACAGCUGAGAGGAGGAGCAGACAGAGCCAACCAUGAAGCUGGUCCUCAUCCCAGUGUUCAUCUCCCUUCUGGAUACGGCAUUGGCUGCGAUGCUCCAGAUCACUCUUCCGCAGAGUCUGUCUGUGAGGGAGGGAGAGAACGUGACUCUUCCCUGCUCCUUCUCCCCACCGGCAACCCACCUGGACCAUAUCAUCAUCCAGUGGUUCUGGAUGCCCAGACGCUACGCAGAGAACAUGACGAGAAGAGAGAUGAAGAAGAUUUAUCAAACGAGGGAUGAGAAAAAGGACUUCAGUAUCGUUAGGUCUGUGGGAGACGUGCUGACGGGAGACUGCUCCAUCGGCAUCCCCAACAUCUCCAGUAGCCUCGGCCCCGUGGCUCUGUGCCGCAUCGACUGUCGCCGAUGCAACGCGGAGAACAACGAGGUGCAAGGGGAGGUGCUGCUGGACGUGAUGCCUGCAGCCCCACAGUCAGACGGUGGGGGCGUGAGUGACGCUACCCUCGCCCCUCGAGAGGAGACCUCACUCAAUGGAGUGUUGGUGGCUGCCUACGUCCUGGUUGCCGUCCUCUUCGCCAUCUCCGUCAUCAUCUUCGUCUUCAUCUGGAUGAAAUGCCGUCGGUCUUCAGGGCUCUGCCCCCCCUCACGCAGUGGCGGUGGGAAUGCAGACGUGCCUGGGGACGUGCGUGGGGACGUGAACGGGCAGCUGCUGAUGAACGGACACGAAGAGAAAAAACAAAAUGUAUUGGAGAUCGUGGCCGCUUGAUAAUGUUCAGGGCAGCUCUCUGCCCCACGUGGAGCGGGUCGCACACACACACACACAGGGCGCUAGUUCGGUACAAACUGCCCGUGUGCCACGGGUUCCACGUUUUGUUUGAAACCUUAGACCAUCAUGCCUUUGCCACCUCUUGCCUUGACAACCAUAACUCUCGACCGGAUAUCUCUCGUGUGUCUCCAACUCCAUCACCUCUUUAUCCUGGAAUUCUCAGUGUCCGUGAACGAAACCACAUGACCCCAAUCCUGAAAUUGCUUCAUCAGGUCCCGAAUCUGUUUGAGGUGAACUUGAUAGUGGGCACCACCGUGGCGAGAUGUUAACUACCUCGCCUGCUAUACAGGAGAUCGUGGGUUCGUGUGAUGGUGAACGCGUGGUGGUGAACGCGUGAUGGUGAACACACGAGCGCUGUGCGUGAGACCCAGAGUGAACGUGUGAUGGUAAAUGUGCCGUCAAACCCGCCACCACCUAACACAGCCAGUUAGUAAGGUUGGUGGCGGCUUUAACGACUCAUUUAUACGUCUACGUGAGCUAACCCAAAUACACAGUGUUAUGGAUGACAUUGGUCACGAUGGCCAACGUGUUAAACGGAGCCUGAGACUCUACCCCUAUCUCGUGAGAUAUCUCUCUCACCUGGCUCAACAAAUCAAUUCUUAAUUUAUUAAAAUCGUAAUUACCAUUCGUGAUAAUGGAAGAAUCGCGAGGGGGGUGGGUGGGGUCUGAUUGACUGACACCCGUGCGUCGCUCUCAUUGGCUGAGCAGCUUGUGGGCGGCAACGUUAAGCGCUUUGUAGUUUUUUAGAUUUUUUUUUCCCCAGUAAACAUUUUCUCUCCAGGCAUCCUACCGGUGGGUCGCGCUCAGUGAGGUCAGCCUGUGGUGUGGAUUUGUUGAGAGCAGGGCCGGAUUAAUGUUCUUGUUCGGCCCUCGGCACUUGAGUUUCGUCGGCACUUUAAGCGAUAACUCUCUACAGAUGCUGCUGCCCCAUGUGACGACCACCGCUGACACUCCACUCGCUUCACGCGUUGCUACUUCGUCCAGCCGCUGGACAGAUGUCGUUAGUGCUGGCAGGUUCACGAUUUAGUUUGUGCCCUCAUUCGAUAGGAGGGUGCGGCUGUGUGCCGCAGAUAAACGGAUUUAAUUUUAUAUAUAAGCAAACGUUUCUUUAACAUUUUUUAUUGCGAUUACAUCGGAUGACGCAGAUUCAAAAAGAUGCCGUUCAUGGUCAUCGAUAACAAAAAACACACACGGGUCAAUUUUACAUUCGUAGAACCUCUGUACAUUGCCUACUGUGGCCUAUUGGAUAAUACGGCCCUGGUGAGUGGGUGGGUGUGUGAGUGGGUGGUUGAGUGGCUGGGUGAGUGGCAUAGGGACCUCGCAGACAUGACGGAACGUCUGACAUGAAAUACUCUGCUCGGUGAUAUGAUAUACAGGGUGUUUCAAAGAGAUGGACCCGAUUUGAAAUCUUUCAAAUCGGGUCAAUCUUUUGAAACAUCCUGUAUAUUUUUUUCCUCCUGAUGACGAUCGCUUGUGUUGUGAUCGAAACGUCGUAGUUUUUACUUUAUUUUCUUUCAUUUUUUCUAUCUACGUGACUUUACCGAAAGAUCCAAAGAAUAGGAUACGAAAUAAAGUUAAAGAUUCGUACACUGGUCUUAGAAAAGUCAGGGUCAUGUUUUACACAUCUAAUGUUUUGCCUUUUUGUAUCGAUUCUUUGUGUUCAUGUUGUUUGUUGUGAGUCGAUGUCGUGCCCCCCGACUGGACAUCUGACAGCUGAUCGCAGCUCGUUGGGUUCCUCCUGUCUAAAGUAUUAAGAAUGUGACAUUUACCGUGGUAAAGAUGUGUUUAGAGUCGUUCUUUGUGUUGCAAGACUCACAUUGUACUUGAGUGGAUUCUGGAAAUAAAAAUAAAAACUCGUU